AUGGCGGUUGCAUCAGCAGCCGCAGCAACCAUUCCAAGUGGAUGUACCUUGAGGCUGCCUACGAGAACAGCUUCUAUCGCGGAUAUCAAAGUCGUGUCGGCUCCUGCGUUAUCAGCGUCAGAAGAACGUCCACGUGGCACCUCCACAUUGGCCUUCUGGUUAAGGCAGGGGAAUGGCUCCGGCAAGGAGAGGUCAGGCGGAGCAUCGUGUCCGUCAGAUGUGCCUCGAGAGGACGAUGAGUACGAGACCCAACGGCUGAGGAAAUCGAAGCUGAAGCGCAAGGCAGAGGCGAACACAGGGGAAGACGAGCACAGAAGCAUUGAGGAGCAGCAGGGGCUGGCGCAGCAGCGGGUGGAGCAGCAGGGGCUGGCGCAGCAGCGGGUGGAGCAGCAGGGGCUGGCGCAGCAGCGGGUGGAGCAGCAGAGGCUGGGGCAGCAGGGGCGAGAGCAAGAGCAAGCACGGCAGGAGGGGCUGGAGCAGGGUCGAGAGCAGGCAGGGCAGUUGGAGCAGAAUAUCGAGAGGCGUGCUGAGGAUGAGCGGCAGGAGGGUGUGCACGAGGGGCGAGAGCAGACGCACUCGCUGCGAUUGCAGGAGGAGCUUCCGACAAGUCCGAGAGAGGCCCAUACUCUGCUGGAACAGCUGGGUUCGGAGCGGCCGGAGCAGCUGCAGCAGCGGCCGCAGCAGAAACAGCAGCAGCAGCAGCAGCGGCAGCGGAAGCAGGUGCAGGCGUGUUUGGACUUUGGGCAGAAGGACCUGCUCCACACCACGUGCCGUGUGUGCGGAUUCGUGUUUGCUAAAGGUCUCAAGGCGGACGAGAUGGCACACGAUGCACACCACAGAUUGUUCUGCGGCACUGUAAUAAUUCAGGGAUGGAGGAAUGAGAGGGUGGUGCAGACAGUAGCAGGGACCGCGGGGAGUGCAGGGUGUGAAGGGGUUGCGGCAGGGCGGAUCGUGCUCAUCACCCAUGCAGAGUGCACCGCAGUGCAGCUGGCAAAGAUGCAAGAAAUAGCAGCGGUGUUGGAGAGGGCAAUGGGUGUGAGCCCCACGUGGCUGCUGGGCGGCCAAUGGAAGGCAUAUCUGUACAUCCGCGGGAGGCAGCUGGUGGGGUGCCUUGUAGCCGAGCCCAUCUCCCAUGCGCAGCCAGCACAGGCACGGUCCAUGCCACAACAUGCACUAGAAACGGCAUCAGAAAGAGCAGAAGCAUCAGCAGCAGCAACAGCAAGAGCAGCAGAAACAGCAGCAACAGCAACAACAGCAGAAGCAGCAACAGCAGCAACAGCAGAAGCAGCAACAGCAGCAACAGCAGAAGCAGCAACAGCAGCAACAGCAGAAGCAGCAACAGCAGCAACAGCAGAAGCAGAAGGAGAAGCAGCAGCAGAGUCCAUGACAAUAUUAUCCAAAGCUUCAGAUGCAACACCAGAAGCAGCUUCAGUAUUUGCAGCGGCAGCAACAGCAGCAGCAGCAGAGGAGCGUUCAACAAGUCAAUCAGGGUCUUUCGAGCCAUGCACUGGCCAACCAUACAGCCCUACACCGUGUGUUGCUGAAGCGAGUUUUGAGGCGCCUAAAAAAAAGUCCUUCGAGCCAUGCAACAGUCAACCACACAGCUCUCAACCGUGUGUUGCUGAAGCAGGCACGGCCACACCUCACAAUGCAUCUUCGUGCAACACCAGAACAUGCAGUGCUGGUUUCCGCACCACCAACCCCUGCCUUGCCUCCCCUACGAUCGCUGCUACUCCUGCUCCUCCUGUCUCUCCUCCUGCCACAGCUAGUGUGCUCCCUUCGACUGCCGUCCCCUCUGCUCCAAAUUUUCGUCCUCUUCCUGCUGCUCCUCCCAGCCCCGCUUCUGAUUCACACCCUGCAAAAGAAACCCAGCCGAGUGCAAGGGUGCGUGGCCCACGGGACGCGGCAGAGCAACCAGCAGAGCCGCUGACUGGUGUGGCUGUAGAGGAGGAGGAUCAAAAGGACGAGCUGUGUGCAGCGGUGUGUGGGGUGAGGGCGGUUUGGGUGCACCCGGCACACCGGCGGAGGGGAGUUGCCACUGAGAUGAUCAAGGCUGUGAGCACAUACACUUCCACCUCGCCCAUGUGUUCUCACCUCGCCCAUGUGUUCUCACCUCGCCCAUGUGUUCUCAACUUUCACAUGCUCUCCAUUGCACCUGUCCCUUCACUUCCUUACACACUCCCGCCAUUCCACAUUCACAAUAUUUUGUUCAUCCUACCACAUCCCAACCCUAAGCCUUUUUCAUCACAUCCCCCCAUGCCUUUGCCCAUGCCUGCUCGCUCUCCCCGUCUUCUUCCUCUCACUUUCCCCUCGCACCCGCUUGAUUCGCCACCUUCCUUCCCCCUCUCCCCACCACCUUUGCCUGGCGAUCACUUUAUCUAUGCCAGCUCACUCUCACCAUCUUGCCUCACCAUCUCUCACUGCCUCCGCCCCCACCCCAUUUCCCCCCUUUUCCCCCUUUCACUGCCCCGCCAUCCUGGUUCCACCACUGCAUCUCCUUCGGCUAUACCUGCUCGCUCUCGCCACUUUGCCUCACCAUCUCUCACUGCCUCCUCCCCCACCUCCUUUCCCCCCUCCCACUGCCUGCCAUCACAUCCCCCCCACCACAGCAUCUCCUUCGCCUAUGCCUGCACGCUCUCACCAACCAACUCCCCACUUUGUUUCCCCUUUGUCAACCACCCCCCUUUUCCCCCUCCCCUCCCAACCGGCCCGCCCCUGGCCGCUCUUGCUUGCAUCUCCUUCGCCUAUGCCUGCACGCUCUCACCAACUCAGAUCGCAUUCUCGCAGCCAACCGAGUCAGGCAGGGCCUUCGCAGCUGCGCCUGACCAUUUCUCACUGCCUUCCCCCACACCCCCUUCUUCCCCUCACUACCUGACCAUCCUCUUAUACCGCAGCGUCUCCUUCGCCUAUGCCUGCACGCUCUCACCGACUCAGAUCGCAUUCUCGCAGCCAACCGAGUCAGGCAGGGCCUUCGCUGCUGCGCUCUGCCAUCCCAAGCCCUUCCUGGUGUACAAAUAA